AUGGCAGCCCAAUAUCGCGACAUCAAAACUGUUGACUCAGAAUCCUAUUCUUAUAUUUUCGAACAGAAUGUAUCGGUGCCCUUGGGCAACGGUGGCGUCAUUCGCUGCAACAUUUACAAGCCUAAAGCAGCUUCAGCGGACAUGAGAUGCCCCGUAAUUAUGACUUACGGCCCGUACGGCAAAGAUGUCCCUUACAAAGAUUUCAACCCAAAAAGCUUUUCUGAAAUACACCCGACCCAUCAAACAGACCACUCUGCAUGGGAAACUCCAACACCUCAAUUUUGGACUAGUCACGGGUAUAUCGUCAUUCGGGCAGACGAGAUCGGCAUUGGCCAGUCUCCCGGUCUGUUGAACGUGACAUCCGCAGAUUCGAUUGACGGGUUCCGUGACCUCAUCGAGUGGGCUGCCGAGCAACACUGGUCUUCGGGCAAGGUAGGCCUGCUCGGUGUUAGCUACUAUGCUGCUGCACAGUGGCAUGUGGCGAGCCUACGACCUAAAGGUCUUGCAGCUAUCGUGCCAUGGGAGGGAUUCUCGGACUUGUACAGAGAAUCGUUGCGACAUGGUGGCAUCCUGUCAAACAAAUUCCUUGCCUUGUGGUAUUCCCGUCAGGUUGCUCCGAACCAGUAUGGAUUACCCGGACGAAAAGCGCGCAACUGGGGUCCGGACACGGUUGAAGGUGAUCUAACCCCGGAGGAGCUGGAUGCCAAUCGACACAAGGGUAUGUACCACGAGCAGCGAUUCCGAGAUGACAAAGGCAUAGCUUCCGUCAAUUUUAAUAUUGAGGAUGUCACGGUCCCCUUGUUGAGCGUCGCUAAUCUAGGCGGGAGCUCGCUUCAUUUGCGAGGAAACUUGCUUGGGUAUCUUUGGGCAGGCUCCAGCUUUAAAUAUCUUCGAUUCAUCGUGGGACGUCACGAUUUGCCAUUCUAUUAUCCCGAAGAAGUCCAAGUUCAAAAGAGCUUUCUUGAUGCUUGGCUUAAAGGCGAUGAUCGCGAAGGGUGGACCAAAAAGGGGGCUAUGCCACCAGUUGAUCUUGUUCUUCGCAAGGGUAAUGUUGGAUACAACGAUCCGCACGCUGAGAAAGGGUUUCUUCGUCGACAAGAGAACGAAUGGCCAAUUGCUCGGACUCAAUAUACCCAAUUUCAUCUAACGCCAGAAAAUACACUUCAACAGGACCAACCGAAAGCACAGCUCCCGAGUAAGAAGACUUACAACGCUCUCGGUAAAGGAGAACCAGCAGACAUCUUGAGAUUUACGUCGGCACCCUUUGAGUCAGAGACCGAAAUCACUGGUCAUAUUGUGGCCCACCUGAAUGUCUCUUCUAGCAGAGAUCCUUGGGGAAGUUCACCAUCUGAUUUGGAUUUAUUCCUCUCCUUGCGCCUGCUGUCACCUUCAGGCGACGAGAUCUCUUACACUGGCUCUCUUGGGGAGCCUGUUCCUUUGACCAAGGGCUGGCUACGAGUUUCCCUCAGGAAAGUCAACCCACAGCAUCCCCGUCAUCGCUCCUGGCUGCCAUACCGAGAAUAUUGCUCUACCGAUGUUCAGCCUGUUAUUCCUAACGAGGUUUAUCCCGUUGACGUGGAGAUUUGGCCGACGAAUGUGGUCAUUGAACCUGGGUGUCGAUUGGUUUUGGAGGUGAGCUCUGGAGACACUCAAGGUGUUGGACUUUGGUGCCACGACGACCCUAUUGACCGGUCGGAAGAUGUCUUCAAAGGCCAAAACCAUCUUCACUUCGGCAACGAUUAUGUCAAUUAUGUCGAGUUGCCUGUUAUCCCUGCCAACUAG